AUGCUGCGGCGCCGCCGGCGGUGCCGGGGCGCGGUGCUCCUCCUCCUCCUCGCGUCGGUGCUGGCGCCCCUUGUGCUGUACGGCGGCUCCUCCGUCUCGGUCGCGCCCCUCCCGGACUCCACCGUGGCGAGCGGCGCGUUCGACCAGGAGGGCGCGUCCAAUCUGGUGUGGCCGCACAUGGCAGCGUCCGCGGUGUCUCUGGCCAAAGAUUUGAUAAUUGAAAGGCUUGGGGAGCACAAAAACCGUGUGCUAUCAGCAACUGAUCGCUGGCAAGUGGUUGAGGCAGGGAGCAGCAGGAGCCGUGCAUCUGGAAAAUCAGAUACUGCUGCGGACAGUGAGUUGCGGAGCGCGGAAGAGGAAGAUGACCCGGUUGUCGUGGGGAAUGGCAGUGCUAGGUUGGGGCAGGACGGCAUCAUUAAGGAGGUUGUGGGAAGCCAGAGAAGGGAAGAUGGAUCUGGUGAGCCCGGGGAUAGCAGGGAUGCUGGUGAGCAGAACGGAAAAGAAGUUGGGAUAGAGUUGCCUCACGUAACUGGCGUGGUGCACAAAAAUGGGUCAGAUGGACUAGAAAUGAACGACGAUUCUGGACUGCGCACUGUUGGAAUCCUAAAUUCAUCUUCUAUCAAGGAAAGUGCUACUCAUAGUUUAUCCAACAAGACUAGAGAGCAGCAAACAAGUGCAAGUAAUAGUAACUCUGCUCACCAUGCAACAAAUAGUAUAGCUGGUCAAACCACAACUUUGUCAGAUGCUACAAUCCACAUCAUCAAGGACCAGCUAACAAGAGCAAAGAUGUACCUUGGAUUGUUUGCUUCUAGGGGUAAUCAUGGCUUCGCAAGGGAGCUCCGUGCACGGAUGAGGGAUAUACAACGAGCACUAGGCGAUGCGACCAGUGAUCGGCAAUUACCUCAGAAUGUCCACAGCAAAAUUAGAGCAAUGGAGCAGACAUUGGUGAAGGUCAGGAAAAUUCAUGAUAGUUGCUCUAGUGCUGUGAAUAGGAUCAAAACAGUCCUUCACUCAACAGAGCAGCAACUCGAAUCAAACAAAAGGCAAGCUAACUAUCUAGCGCAAGUGGCAGCAAAAUCUCUACCCAAGGGUCUCCAUUGCCUUACACUGCGGCUUACAAAUGAGUACUAUUUCACCAACUCAAAGAAUAAGGACUUUCCCUAUGUGGAGAAGCUGGAAGACCCCAAACUCUAUCAUUAUGCCUUGUUUUCAGACAAUGUAUUGGCUGCUGCAGUGGUUGUUAACUCAACUCUUGUCCAUGCUAAGAAACCAGAAAAUCAUGUAUUCCACAUUGUGACAGAUAGGCAUAACUAUGCUGCAAUGAAAAUGUGGUUCCUGGCUAAUCCCUUGGGUAAAGCUGCUAUUCAGGUUCAGAACAUUGAAGAGUUUACAUGGUUAAAUUCAAGCUACAGUCCAGUUCUGAAGCAGUUGGAAACCCAGUUUAUGAUUAAUUACUACUUCAGAACUGGGCAUGCUAGGCAUGAUGAAAAUCCUAAGUUUCGGAACCCCAAGUACUUGUCAAUUCUCAACCAUCUGAGGUUCUAUCUCCCUGAGAUCUUCCCAAAGCUUAAUAAGGUGUUAUUUCUGGACGAUGAUACUGUAGUGCAGCGAGACCUAAGUGCGCUUUGGUUGGUAGAUCUCAAAGGCAAGGUUAAUGGUGCUGUCGAGACCUGCAGACAGGCAUUCCAUAGGUUUGAUAAGUACCUCAACUUCUCAAACCCUCUUAUUGCCAAGAAUUUUGAUCCACAUGCUUGUGGUUGGGCAUAUGGCAUGAACAUGUUUGAUUUGUCUGAGUGGAGAAAGCAAAACAUCACUGAGGUCUACCAUACCUGGCAGAAGUUGAAUGAAAACAGGCUAUUGUGGAAGCUAGGUACCCUCCCUGCUGGUCUUGUAACCUUCUGGAACCGCAUGUUCCCUCUUGAUCAUUCGUGGCAUCAAUUAGGACUUGGGUACAACCCAAAUGUCAAUGAAAAGGAUAUCAGGCGAGCGGCUGUCAUCCACUACAAUGGAAACUUGAAGCCCUGGCUUGAGAUUGGAUUGCCCAAAUACCGCAAGUACUGGUCAGCACACGUCAAUUACGAUCAAGUGUUUCUACGGGAGUGCAAUAUAAACCCGUGA